UCGGAGGAGGAAGCAAGCACAGGUGUGGGAGAGGAAAAAUGCCAGGGUCUUCUGCAAAUGAAAUGAGCAAAGAAUCUUCUGGUCUAGAACUUCAAUUCACCAAAUGACCAAAUGCGUGCACAUUAGGGCUUCUAUGGCCUUCCGAGAUGCACUUUCUGACCCCUCUUUAUACCUCCCUGCGUCUCCCGGCGUUGCUUCAUCGGUAGUCCUUUUCACGCCAAGCUCUACCCGUUCGAUGGCUUCUGCAAAUGAGAUGGAUGUUGUGGAAGUAAACAAGAAAUUGCUUGGGGAACUUGAAGACAUGGGCUUUCCGCAGGCUCGAGCUGCCAGAGCACUUUAUCAUUCUGGAAAUUUGGGGCUUGAGGAUGCUGUUAAUUGGAUCAUUGAUCACGAGAAUGACCCAGACAUUGAUAAAAUGCCCUUGAUAGCAGUGAACAUAGAUAUCGAAUGUCCUUCUGAGCAGUCAUAUACCAUGGAGGAAAUGGAAGCAAAAGCACAAGAUUUAAGGGAUAGAACUCGAAGGAUGAGGAGAGAAGAAGAAGAAGAAAAACUUGAAAGGGAAAGGGAGAAGCAAAGAAUUCAGUCAGGUAAGCAAAUUCUAGAGGCAAAACGAAUUGCUGAAGAAAGUGAAAGAAGACGAUAUCUGGCCCAGAAAAAAGCUGAAAAGGAGGAAGAGAAAAAGGCCAGGGAGAGAAUCAGACUGAAACUAGAAGAGGACAAGGCAGAAAGAAGGCGAAUGCUUGGGUUGCCUCCAGUGCGGGAUACUGUUAUCCAGAAUCCCAAGACUGCUAUUCAGGACACAAAGCAGAGCUAUGAUGUUAAGUCUGUUGAAAAGGCUGAACAACUAAGAGAAUGUUUAAGGUCUCUCAAGCACAAUCACAAGGAUGACGAACUAACAGUCACGAAGGCGUUCCAAACUCUUCUUGUCUAUGUUGGCAAUGUGGCAAGGAACCCUGAUUUGGAAAAGUUCAGGAAGAUUCGAAUCAGCAACCCGGCGUUCCAGAGUAGGGUUGGAAGAUUGAUAGGAGGGAUCCAGUUCCUUGAACUUUGCGGGUUCGAGAUAACUGAAGAGGGAAAGUUCCUGUAUCUCCCUCGAGACAAGGUUGACAUGACAGUGCUGAAUUCAGCAGGAUUAGUCCUGAAAUCUGCAGCGACGAACCCUUUCUUUGGACUUCUCUCUCACGCUUAAAACCGUUGUCAAGAUACUGUCACUUGACAAUCACGCUUAAAAAAAUUAUUGAAGAAGU